UGUUGGCUCAAGCUUCGUAGCCACGUUGGCUCAAGCUUAUAUGAUCUUUCUGGAGCGUACUCCAGCGGCGGACUGCCGCUUUGCUGCAAGGAUUAAAUUUGGAGCACCUGGGGUGCCACGGGGCGCGAGAUGCCGUCCGACUCGCAGGUUAAGGCGGCGGCCUUCCUGGCGGUGACCCUGCAGCGAGCCUGCCACAACUUCUUCAUCGAGUGGGCCAAGGGCGACUCCGCGAGCGCCACCUACACCGUGUCCAGCGUGAUCUUCGUGGCCCAAACGUUUUGCGUCUUUGUCGGCUGGGCCCUGGCGUACCAGGGCGGUGGCAGCGCGGACAUGAAGAAAUGCUUCGACAAGGGCAUCCUGACGAAGUUCGCCCACAUCGGCAUAAUCUACGCGAUGGGGGACAUCCUCGAGAUGGAGUCUGUGAACUACAUCGACUCGUCCACGUACACGGUGCUGUCCCAGUCCAAGCUCAUCAUCACGGCCCUGCUGAUGUGGGCCAUCGACGGCAUUGCACAGAACUUGAUGCAGUGGUUCAUCUUCUUCACGACCUCGUCCAGCAUGCUGGAGUACGUGCUCGUGGGCAUGGCCAAGGAGGGCAGCGUGACCUUCAGCCCCUUUGGCGUCGGCCUCGCCCUUGUCAAGGUGGUGAUCAGUUGCUACGUGGCGGUGCUCAACCAGAAGGCUCUCAAGAUGGACUCCAACCCGUUCCCCGUGCAGUUCUCCUGUUUGAAAGUCUCCUGCGCGUUGACGAGCCUGGUGUACAUGCUCGUCAAGGACGGCCUCAUGGGUGACGGUGACCUGUUCGGCGAGUGGACCUACCGGACCGUGGUGCUCGUCUUCGCCGGCUUCGUCCUGAAGACGCUCUUCAGCUUGUACUUGUUCAAGGUCUUGGACGCCAUCUGGAAGAGCAUCAGCGAGGCCGUCGGCGUCCUCCUCGUGUACUUCGCGAAAGUGACCUUCCUAGGCGGCACUCUCGACGCUACCGUGUUCAACGCGGCCUUCACGGUGAUCCUCGCCUGCAUCGCUUACGUCUUGUCGCAGGAUGACGCGAGCAAGAAGAAGAGCGACAUCUGCGACGAGCUCGACCCUCGUGCGUUACCCCGAGCUCGCGACGGGCCUCCUCGCGUCUGCGCGGCGCCGCCUGCCGCAGUGAGCCCUCCUGGGCGGACCGAGCCGAGGGCUGCUCGGUCGUGAGGAAGCAGGGCAAGGAGGGAAGGCACAAUGAUUGCUCGCCAAGUCAAUUCUUCCACUUGCGCCGCAGGGCUAGCGGCUGCAGGCCCGUGGGCCACCUGUCUGCGGCGGUGGCAGCGCCCUCGCCCCAGCCGGGUGGGAGCGCGGGGUUUUAUUUUUUCGUUUCCCCAACCCGGGCCCUCGUGGUGGCCGCGUCCCCGUGCUGCGAGAGCGCGUCGCGGCGCUGCGGGCUGGGCCCCCUGCGGAGCGGGGGAGGGGAAGAGACCUCGUCGCGUCUCGCCGCCGCCCCCCCCCACUGAGGAGGAGUAGAAUGGCAAUUUUCACGGAAUUCGCCGAGCAGCUAUGGCGCUCGCCGAUCUCUCUCGCGCGCCCGCCUAGGCCCGUCUCUGGAGGACCUUGCGAGCGCCCCUUGGGUACGAGGCAAAAAUCUGCCCAUUUCCAUUGUAAAAAUGCACUUUCGGCAUACUCGCUGGCUUUGCCUUCACAGUGCCCCAGGCGCCCCCGCGGAGCCCC